CAAGUUUAAACACUUAAAUCAUCCAAUAUACAAAAUCACAAUACUAAGAAUGUCUUGUUUUAUUAUCCUAACUUCUUUCAUUUUACUCCUCACCACCCAAUUAGCCACCGCAGUUACUUACACUGUCACAAACGCUGCUACUAACACUCCAGGCGGAGCGCGAUUUGACAAUGAAAUUGGUUCUGCCUAUGCUCGUCAAACUCUCUCCACUGCCACAAAUUUUAUUUGGAAAACCUUUCGACAAUUCAACCCAACUGAUCGUAAGAGCGUACAACAGGUAAGCUUAAUAGUGGAGAACAUGGAAGAAGUUGCCUACACAAGCAACAAUCAAAUCCAUCAAAGCGCAAAGUAUAUCCAAAACUACCCAGGAAACGUCAAAACAGAAGUAACAGGAAUUUUAUACCAUGAAAUGACCCAUACUUGGCAAUGGAGCGGUAAUGGGCGGGCUCCAGGUGGAUUGAUUGAAGGGAUUGCGGAUUUUGUCAGGCUUAAAGCGGGUUACGCCCCGUCUCAUUGGGUCAAACCGGGUCAAGGUGAUAGAUGGGACCAAGGUUAUGAUGUUACUGCAAGGUUUUUAGACUAUUGUGACAGUUUAAGAAAUGGUUUUGUGGCUCAACUUAACAAGAAAAUGAGAUAUGGUUAUAGUGAUGCUUAUUUUAGUGAUUUGUUGGGGAAGUCUGUUGGUCAACUUUGGAAUGACUACAAGGCUAAGUUCAACAAUUAAGUUAUGUAUUUGCGAUAAGUGACAUUUUCUCACGUAAUAUGCUAUAUUUAGUUGCAAGUAUUUCAAAAUGGCCGGAGAUAAUAUAAUAUAUUAGUUCUCCAGUUUGGCACACUUAACCGUAAAAGCUCUUACUUUGAUUUACGUAAUGUAGCAAAGUCAAGAGUAAAAGUAAAAAUAUUACUUAUGUUGGUACUUUAAAAAUAUGAAAAAGAGAUGAAUAAUGGAGAGCUUGCUUAUUACUUUCACCGUUUUGAAAUAUUUGCUACAUUAUGGUUAUUAACAUUA